GCUGGGCCUCUUGGUAGAGGCCUCAGGCACCCGCCUCCCUGGUCUUCUUUCUGCCCGGAGGGUCUGCCCUCGCACUUCAUGGCCCUCGACAUGGAGCAAUUCUAUAGAUCCACAGUGGCUAUCUACCAGAGCAUCAUGGAGCAGUUUAACCCGGCCCUGGAGAAUCUCGUCUACUUGGGUAACAACUACCUUCGUGCCUUCCACGCGCUGUCAGAAGCAGCCGAAGUCUACUUCAACGCCAUCCAGAAGAUCGGGGAGCAAGCCCUGCAGAGCUCCACCUCACAGAUAUUGGGUGAGAUCCUCGUGCACAUGUCCGACACGCACCGGCACCUGAACUCCAACCUGGAAGUCGUGGUGCAGACUUUCCAUGGAGAGCUUCUGCAGCACAUGGAGAAGAACACCAAGCUGGACAUGCAGUUUAUCAAAGAUAGCCGCCAACACUAUGAGAUAGAAUAUCGACACCGUGCUGCCAACCUGGAGAAAUGCAUGUCGGAGCUGUGGAGAAUGGAGAGGAAGAGGGACAAGAAUGCGAGGGAGAUGAAGGAGAGUGUGAACAGGCUACACGCCCAGAUGCAUGCCUUUGUCUCAGAGAGCCAGAAAGCGGCUGAGCUGGAGGAGAAGAGGCGCUACCGGUUCCUGGCUGAAAAGCAUCUGCUGUUCUCCAAUACUUUUCUGCAAUUCUUCAACCGGGCCCGGGGCAUCCUCCAGAACCGAGUUGUCUUGUGGAAGGAACAAUCUGAAGCCACUCGAAACCCAUCUCGUGCCCAUUCCCCAGGCUUGCUGGGCCCUACCCUUGGUUCAGCCUACCCAUCAGGCCGCCUGACCCCUACCCGCCUGGAGAUGCCCCAGAGGUCUCUGGGAGACUUCAACUCCCCCCGGAGCCGGCAUAGCUCGGGCUCCUAUGGCCAGGAGCCUAGCGAGGGGAGACCUUUGUCCCAGCUGGAGCCGGAUCACAUGUCCCUGCCCCGGACGCCAUCUUCCACCUCCCUCUACGCCAGCAGCAACCAACGGUCCCGCUCCAAUUCAUUCGGGGAGCGGCCGGGCGGCAGGGUCCCCCAGCGGGCUCUGGCCUUAGUCUCCCAUUCGGACAGCGCCAACCACACCCUGCUGCCUUUCUCCGCUGGUGACGUUGUCCUGGUGCUGGUGCCUGAAGCCCAUAAUGGCUGGCUGUACGGCAAGCUGGAGGGGUCAUCCGUGAGCGGCUGGUUCCCAGAGGCCUACGUGAAACCCAUGGAAGAUCGGCCCAUGAAUGAGCCACCCUCCAAGGCCUAUGCUCUUCGGGGCACUCACAGCCUGGACAACCUCCUGGACCACCCGGUGAGCACCCCAACUUCCGCAGAAUACUGGGACAGCCAUUCCCGGCCCCACACUCCCAGCAGGACCACCAGCAGGGCCACAAGCCGAGCCCCCAGCCCACCACCACUGCCCCCGGACAGCAGCCGCCGGAGCAGUAUGGGCAGUACAGGGGUAGCCAGCGAUGCCAAGAAGCAGAUGGCCUGGGAGCAGCAGCCCCCUGAGCUCUUCCCCCGAGGCACCAACCCCUUUGCCACCGUGAAGCUUCGUCCCACCAUCACCAAUGACCGCUCGGCCCCCCUGAUCCGCUGAGGACCCCCUGGUCAGGGGAGUGUCCCCAUCACCCGGGUGCAGGCCCAGCCUCUCCCAGCAUACACUCAGAAGCCCCGGAAAGCACCUGGAAGCCUCUCGUGGGUACCCGAGCAGAAGGUUCCAGGGACAUAGGGGGCAAGGCCAUGAGACCUCUGCCCACCCUCUCUUCCCAGCCAGGGCAGAGGUUCUGAAGCAAGGGAGACUCUGCGCUUCCCGAAUGAGACAGGGUGACCCCAGGACCAGGGGACCAGACUGCCAGGACCCAAGGACAAGGAGAAGGCCAGCAGGGGCCCUCUCCAUCCCUCCAUCCAUCCCAGAGGAGGACCAGACACAGCAUGGCCAGGGACCCUCCCUUCCCUGCUCUGUCCCCUCCCCCAGUCUCCCCCAGUGAGCAGUUCUCCUCCCCUCUCCUCCCCCAGUCUGGGGAGCCC